CUUCAGACUGGAGGAUCAGACCCAAUCAUCUUACACGGAACAGAUCCAGUCAUUCUCUACACAGCCCACAGCAGUAGAGCAUGCUGGAAAAUAUGAUAAUUAUCAUCCCAUCAACUCCCCUCCCAUCUGUCUCUCCUGACCCUGCAGUCACCAUGGAGAUGGCCGCUCUGCUACUCCUACUCUGUUACGGAGUCUGCUGCACAGCCACACUCAGCCGUCUCAGACAGUUCCACAUCAGUGAGAAAACAUUAAAUUGGACAGAGGCACAGGACUACUGCCAGAAUCACAGUGCUGAUAUUGCCACUGUCUAUAAUCAAGAGGAAUCUGAGCAGCUGAUACAGUUAAUUACAUCUAAAGAGAGCUAUAAAGCUUGGAUAGGUCUGCGUCGCACAAUACCAAGUCUGAAGUGGUCUAAUGGAGACCCUGUUAAUGUCACCGCAUGGCCUCUCAGUAACUACACAGAGCUAAACUGUGCAGCAUUCAACGAUGAGAAACAAUGGGAUGUAUGUACACAGGAAAAAAAAUUCAUGUGUUACAAAAAAGGAGUCAUAAAUCCAUCCCUUAGAUACACUCUGGUGAAGCAGAACAUGACCUGGUAUGAGGCUCAGAGUUACUGCAGAGAGAAUUACACUGACCUGGUCAGCAUCAGGAACGAGGGACAGAAGGAGGAAGUGAAGAAGAAAGGGAUGAACAGCACCACUCCUUACUGGAUCGGCCUGCUGUAUGAUGACUGGGAGUGGUCUGAUGGAGAGAGAUCUGCCUACAGAGACUGGGCAUAUCUACCACACUCUAAUUGCACACAACUUAUGACAAAUCCUAAUAAGCCACAAAAAUUUAUAUCUAUCCCAUGUGAUAAUGACAAAGUGUACUCCCUUUGCCACAUGGGAUCAGUUCGCAUCCACAUCAUCAGUGAAAUAAUGUCUUGGAAGGAGGCUCUGGACUACUGCAAUAAAUACCACCAUGGACUGCUGCGUAUUGAGACAGCAGAAGACCUAGAGGCAAUCAAGCAGAAGUUCAAUGGGACUGAUUUUACUGGUCCUGUGUGGGUGGGUCUGAGACAGAGCCGUCUCUUUGGGUUCUGGGUCUGGACCAAUGGACUGCCAGUGGGGUGGAGUAACUGGGAGAGAGACAGACAGCCUGAACAGCCUCUGUCCAACCACUGUGGUGCCAUGGCAAUGGAGAAGGGAUACAAGUGGAGUGAUCAGGAUUGUCUGUUCCAGCUCGCCUUUCUUUGUGAAGAAUAAUCAUGCAAUGCAAUGUACAAUAUACUGUGGCAAGAAAAAGUAGGUGAACCCUUUGGAAUUACCUGGAUUUCUGCAUAAAUUGGUCAUAA